UAUAUAUUUGGACUGGUUGAAGCAAAACACACGGCUAAAGCUCAAGGCUGCAUUGGACGAUACCCACAUCGAGGAUCUACCUUCGGACCCCGAAGAUGUCUUUGCCGAAUAUGAUGCUCACACGAGAAUGGGUACGCAGCCCGAGCGAGGACCCUUUGAAGACUACAUUGGGCAGCAACUUAGUCGUUUUGAUAACGAGGCGGGACAAGCGUUGAGGGUGCCAAUAGGAUCUCCGGAUGAGGCCACCGUGCUGAGGGGAUUCUUACAGAGGUUUAGACGGGGUUGCCAAAAAAUGGCAUUCAAACUGAACUGCAUAGCGGGACAAGGACAACCAGCGGCCGAUGAUGGUGAACCUUCCGGGUCACGCCAUCGCGGUACAAGAAGCACGAGUACUUCAUUGGGCACCUCAUCUACAGGAGGACGUCGCAGCCGAUCCGGUGCUCUCAGUAUUGGAACCCCUCGUAGGAGGGGCAAGGAGAGACCCACUCAAGACAUCGUCAGUGAGGAGUCUGAGGAGACAUCAAGCUCAGAUGGUGAAGAUCUUGACUACGGCCACGAUGAGAUUGGCUUCUCACAGAUUCCGGACGCUCCAGAGCCCACGCAAGAUACUCCACGACCAAAGAGGCGGACAAGGGCACGGGCACGGGAUCACACUGAUGUCGGGAGCGCUAACGUCCUAGCUACUAAGCCGGGCCACCCUCGUCGUCCCAAGAAACCUUUCACCCCACAUCCGUCCCAUGACUAG